AUGUCAAUGAGUCGAGAAAGCCCAUCAAAACCACUUAUGGCACCCGUUUACAACGAUAUUACAAAAGAGAACCUCCACUCACAGCACCACGCGAUUAAAAACAUUCUAAGUCGGGCAAGUUUCCUUGCAUUUGACACGGAGUUCACUGGUUUAGGAAAUAAGCAAGAUGGUCUUCAUGCUUCAAAUCUUGAUGAACGAUAUGAAAAUAUGCGUAAUUCAGUUAAAAAUCACGCGUUAUUAUCAUUAGGAAUAACUGCUUUUGAAGAAAUUUCCAAGGAAGAUACAUCAAGUUUGGAACAACGUUACAAUGUUCACAACUUUAAUUUCACUUUAUUUUGUCGACAUGAAUACAAAGUGACACCAAAAAGCCUUGAAUUUUUAUUAGCGAAUGGGUUUGAUUUCAAUAAACAGAUUCGUCAUGGUAUAUCAUUCUACCCAGGAAAUGAUUCGUCACGCGCUAAACCGGAAGAUCAUAGCUCAAUAAUGCGUUCUAUAUUUGCUCAUAUUCAUACGUUGAAUAUCCCAAUUGUCGUACAUUAUGGUUUGAUGGAUUUACUUUAUCUCUAUUAUUCCUUUUACGCCGAUCUUCCAGAAAGAAUGAGUAGUUUUAUCGCCGAUUUGAGUGAAAUGUUCCCGGCUGGAAUAUAUGAUACCAAAUAUGUUGCCGACUACGUGACACGAGAACGUGCCACAUUCCUCGCUUAUCUGUUCCGAAAAUAUGAGAGAGAGCAGGAAGAGUGGAAAUCUCAAGGGAUUAAAAGACACGUGAUAAUUAGAGUACAAGAUCGUUUGCCUCCAGCCGCACUAUCAGAUUGUAUGAAUUCAAGAGAAUCAUUAAAUGAAAAUGGGAAGAGAAGUAAUGGCUCUAAAUCUUAUUGUGAACAAUAUGCGUAUCAUGGGGUUUGUCACGAAAAGAUGAACUGUGGAAAGUCACAUGAUUUGAAUUUAAUAUUAGAUGACCACGAACAUAAAAAGCGUCAAAAACGACGCAAAAUAGACAAAUCAUCACGAAACGAAGAUACUCGGAGAGAUGUAAAAUCAAAAGUCUCAAAUACUUCCGGGACAUAUCACACUGCUUUUUUUGAUGCUUACAUGACAGGAUAUAUCUUUGCUCGACAUUUGGUUCACUUGAAAGAAGACAUAAACACGCAGAAAAACAAACUUUACAUCUCGGGAAAGAAUAUACCAUUAUUGGUGGAAAAAAGCAAGUACGGCAAGACAAGUUCUGCGCAUGAAGAGAAAAAACGAGAAAAAGUUCGAGAUGAAGUUGGUGCCCUACACGGUAAUGCAAGUGACGAUUCGACAAUCAAAGACUGA